CAUGGAGUUUGGUGACCUCACAUAGUUUCACCCACUAUUUACCUGAAGAAAAUUCUCAUCAGAAAAAUGGAAAACACCCUGGUUACUUUAUCAGUUAAAUCAUUCAUGGAUUGUUUGUACAGCAUAGAAAGUAGCAUAGUGUUUAAAACAUCUUUAAAGUGGAAAGUAGAUUUGAUCUCAUGUCUAUGACAAAUAUGAACCCACAGCUAGCAUGGCAUUUAAAGUCUGCUCGCAGCUUCUCUAAAGAUGCAUAUUUCCCUAAACCUAUAUAUCCUUUAGUCAGUUAAGUCUAUAGACACAUACAUAUAUAAAGCAUGGAACAUAAUUAACCGUGACUGAAUACUGAAGUCGAGACCAAAAUCUGAGAUUCUACAUUGAGAUUAUGAGAGAUUAUGUGCUUGAUUCAAAACUUCCUCAUACUCUGUUUCACUUUUUUCAUAAUGUAGUUUAAUAACAUAAUGCCCAGCAUCGCUCGGCAUACUAGCCGGAGAUCGACCUGAAUAAUUAAAAACACUUGUGUGGGUAUGCAUCUGUAAUAUAUUUUUUUAUUUUGUCUUAUUUUAUUUCAAAUUUGUACCUUCUCAAAAUCCUGACUUGCACAGCUGUCACCCGGCGGCACGUACUGUAUGAAAAUUGAGCGCACCUCUCACGCGGCUACUGAGACAUAGGAACAGGAAGUCAGGAAACAGGAAAAAAUCAGGAAAAGUUACCAUCAGGUUUAUGAAAGAUGAGCCGAAUUUACCAGAAUACGUCUUUACAGAACAAACCAGUACACAAUGAGAAAUUUGACGGCGUAUGGUCUCCCUCUACGUAUGAAAGUGGCCAGGGGGUUCUUCUAGAAGGAAAACUGAUGGAUGUUUCCAGACAUGUGAUCAGUGACAUCAACAAUCAAAAGGUCCGUUUCUAUGUGCUGUACAUCAAACCCAGCCGCAUCCAUCAGAGGAAGUUUGAUGCCAGUGGGAGGGAGAUUGAGCCAAACUUCAGUGACACCCAAAAGGUCAACACUGGUUUCCUCAUGUCCUCCUACAAGACUGAAGCUAAAGGGAAGUCAGAUCGUCUGUCAGAGGAGCAGCUGUCGGCGACUGUGAACAAAGCCGAGCUGGUGAAGAUAACUGACAAGCACCGACCCAGCGGGACCUGGGCCUUCUGGUACCCAGAGUCAGAGAUGGACAGAACAGAACUGGAAACAGGACAGGAUGUACGGUUGAAGACGAAAGGGAACAGUCCUUUCAUAUUUUCCUUAGCCAAAGUGGACAGCGGCACAGUGACCAAAUGUAACUUUGCUGGAGACGAAAAGGCCGGAGCGUCGUGGACGGACAAGAUCAUGGCCAACAAAGCAGACACAGCCAGCACUCACAAGUCUGGAGGAGAAGGAGAGGGAGCAGAGGAGGAUGAAUGGGAUGACUGAGGGAACUGGAAAUGUUGGCCCUGUUCAACCCUCCAGGUUGAACUGCUUCAACUUGGCUCCAUUCCUGUCUCUCUGUCUUCAGACUGGACUCCAGCGUUUCAUCCGAGUACUGAAACUCUCACAUAUGUGGCCCUCAGGCUGGAAAUCUUGCGUCACUUCUACAGGAUGGGAUUAGACUCUUCCAGCACCACAGCGUGCAUCUUUGGACUCGAUCGUCACAUUUGCAUAACUGGAGCCUGCAUUUUUAGCCUUUCUUGGUUUGUUCUUCUACUCUUGCUUUUUGUGUGCUUACACAUGAUGUUUUUUAUGCACACCCUGGUAUAAAUUUCAGUCCCUCUUGUGCACACUU